AUGUGUUGUUCGUGGCUUUUCUGCCGUCGCCGGGUCGCGGACUCGGCUGAGGCCAAUGCUCCCUUUGAAGCCUAUGAGAAGGCGAAGCCGUCAGAAGAAGCAACGGAGGAAAAGCCGAAGUCACCGCCAGCACGGGUGACUCGUAACAAUCAGGCACGUGUGUCCACCGUAGGUGCAUACACCAAUGGGCACGGAGGUGACACGACCGGACGCAGAGGGGCAGAAAAUGUCCCGCCGCCGGUGCAGGCCACGGUGCAGCCGCCGAAUUCUAGAAUGACUCAGCAGAUGCCAAACUCAGGCGGUCGUACCCGCUCAGGUAGCACGCCGAGUGCCGCUUCCGUUAUCCAAAACCCUUACUCUAACAAACGGAUGCAUAACAAAGAGUUUAAUACCCCGCCAGUAACAUCAGCACGGCCUGCAGCAGUCUCCAGUAAUGUCUACAUACCACACCAGGUGGCGUCUGGGGCCGUGAGACGCUCCAACGUGGUAAAGGAAGUGGAGAGGCUUAAGGAGAAUCGCGAGAAACGACGGCAGAGACAGGCUGAGCUCAAGGAGGAGAAGGAAGCCCUAAUGAAUAUGGAUCCCGGUAAUCCGAACUGGGAGUUCCUAGCAAUGAUACGCGAAUACCAGAGUAGCAUUGAAUUCCGGCCGUUGUUAGGCAACGAGCCGGUUGAAGACCAUCAAAUCACAGUAUGCGUUAGGAAGAGGCCGCUUAACAAAAAGGAAGUUGGUAAGAAAGAGGUGGACGUAAUAAGUGUACCGACGAAGGAUCAAAUGAUAGUACACGAGCCGAAGAACAAAGUGGAUCUCACGAAAUACCUCGAGAACCAGAAAUUCCGCUUCGAUUAUGCGUUCGAUGAUUCUUGUACUAACGAAAUUGUUUAUAAAUAUACAGCAAAACCUCUAGUUCAGACAAUAUUUGAAGGCGGUAUGGCAACGUGCUUCGCGUACGGACAGACCGGGUCAGGGAAAACUCACACAAUGGGGGGAGAUUUUCAAGGCAAGCAGCAAGACUGCAAGAAGGGCAUAUACGCAAUGGCGGCGCGUGAUGUGUUCACAUACCUCAAGUCUCACAAGUACAAGCCGCUUAACCUCAUCGUCUCCGCUUCCUUCUUCGAGAUAUACUCCGGAAAAGUAUUCGACCUACUAGCGGACAAGGCGAAGUUACGAGUGCUAGAGGACGGCAAGCAGCAAGUGCAGAUAGUGGGUUUGACUGAGAAAGUUGUAGAUAAUGUUGAUGAAGUUCUCAAGCUUAUACAACACGGGAACUCUGCUAGGACUUCGGGACAGACUUCAGCCAAUUCAAACUCUUCCCGAUCGCACGCCGUGUUCCAAAUAAUAGUACGGUCUCCGGGAAUGCAUCGUGUGCACGGAAAAUUCUCUCUCAUCGAUCUCGCGGGUAACGAAAGGGGCGCCGACACAUCCUCCGCAAAUAGGCAGACACGUAUGGAAAGUGCCGAGAUCAAUAAAUCUCUUCUAGCAUUAAAGGAGUGUAUUCGCGCUCUCGGAAUGAAAGGCAAUAACCAUUUACCGUUCAGAGUCUCCAAACUAACACAGGUGCUUCGUGACAGUUUCAUUGGCGACAAAUCUCGUACUUGUAUGAUUGCUAUGAUCUCACCCGCCAUGUCGUCUUGUGAACACUCGCUCAAUACGCUGCGAUAUGCUGACAGAGUGAAAGAGCUCGGAACAUCUGAAGGCCCGAGACGCGGCGAGUCUCCUCUUGCGGAUGUCGAGAUGGAGCCUGAACACGACGAUCUCGCGCAUCUGCGGUCUCUUAAUGAAGGCGACAUGUCAGCUGAGAUGUACAACUUCCACGAAGCGAUAGACGAGCUUCAGCGUGCUGAAGAAGAAGUUUUGGACAAUCACAAGGCAAUCUCUGACUAUAUGCAGCAUACUCUGCAAAGAUGCAAUCAGCUGCUCGGUAUCACUAGAGACGUGGACUACGAUCAGGAUGCAUAUGCGACGCAGUGGGAGGAGCUUUUGAAUGAGCAAUUGGCCGUGUUGGCUCAAUCUCGUGACUUGGUCGCCGAAUUUCGCACCAAAAUGCAACAGGAGGAACAUAUAUCGCGACACAUUCAGCCCCCGCGCCAUCAGUAG